AUGACUAAGGCCCGACUAUCAACUAUUCGGAUAUCCCAAGAUCGCAAAAAGCGUUGGAAGCUGAAGAACGCCUAUGGCCGGUCUGCAACUGGCACCGAACAUUGGUUUGGCCCCCCUCUCUCUCCAACUCUGAAUAUGCCACCUUCCUAUGAUAUUGCACUGAGCUCUUUAUCGCAGCCGACAAGCUAUGAAGAAAAGACUCCCCCUUCUAGUCGGAUCACAAUUCUCACCGCUGCCCACGACGACGUUGCUCACAAGGGAUUCUACACCACGACCGCCUUGAUCGCCAAAUGCUUCUGGUGGCCGCACAUGAGGCAAGAUAUUUCUUGGUUUGUUCAGACAUGUCACCUUUGCCAGAUUCACCAGACUCGCAACGUCCUCAUUCCCCCAACCGUCACCUCGCCCGCACCACUCUUCAUGAAGAUGUAUAUGGAUACCAUGCACAUGCCAACCGCCGGCAGUUUCAAGUAUCUCGUUCAAGGUCGCUGUUUGAUAUUCGAGGAUAUCCUGUGCCGAUGGGGAACAUUGGUAGAGAUUGUCUCCGACAAUGGACCAGCAUUCGUCAAGGCGCUCGACCAGUUAGUGAAAAAGUACCACAUUCGGCACAUCCGUAUUUCGGGCUACAAUUCCCAUGCCAACGGCAUCGCCGAACGACCUCACUCCGAUGUUUGGCAGGCUCUGUUCAAGGCCGUUGAUAGAGAUCAGGCCAAGUGGAAUCAUACAGCUCAUUUUGUAUUCUGGGCUGAUUGCAUUACUGUUCAGCACCGAAUGGGCUGCUCGCCAUACUUCGCAGCGACCAGAACCCAUCCCCUUCUCCCCCUUGACAUCGCCGAAGCCACCUACCUCCUGCCACCGCCGACCACAACCCUCAGCACCACCGACCUCAUUGCUCGACGUGCCAUUGCUUUGCAGAAACACCGAUCGGACCUUGCCCACCUUCGCAGCUCGGUAGUCGGCGCCCGAGUCCAGGCCACUAUCCGAUUCGAACAGCAGCAUUCAGCCACCCUUCGCAACUUCAAUUUCCACUGA